AUGAAGCUUCAUUUAAGUAUACUGCCGGGAAAAAGCAACUUUCAGCCACCUGAGGGUGUUUCUCCAGUGCCAGCUGAAGAUCCCACCUUCCAUGUUAACAAGGAGGAUUCCAGACCUUCCAUCACAUUGCAAAGUGACCCUUCACUCAGGUUCUCGUUCGAUUCCGUGUCUGUGCAAUCACUUUUUGAAAAUGUGUCCAAGCCACUAGUUGACAGGUAUCUAUUUAAAGCGAAGGAUUCGCUAGUGUUGGGACUCGAACCAUUUACCUCCAAGGGCCCCUCCUGCAUCUUUGACCACGCAUCAUCGACCCAAUCCGCCUGUGGUCUUCUUUCCGAAACGUUAAAUUACAUUUUUCAGCAGACGGGACCCACAUCGCUUGAUCCCCGCGCCUGGAGUACUUAUGUGUCACAUAUGGCAGUUGUUGGUGGCCAAUCGGGCAAGCAGGGUGACGUGGAGCGGAACGAAAAUGCAGCUUUGACGAUUUCGCUCUUUGAAGUGGUCGAAAACUCAAUUCGAGACUUACUUCCGUCUGUUAAUGCCGGAUCCAGGCCAAGUUCCCGAGGCAGAUCGACUCUUUCCGUGGUAACAGAUCCAAAGGACGGUAAAAUCAAGCCGUACAACAUCUCGCAGUACUUGAUUGGCUCGUGUGAAGAUGCAAGCGGCCUUGUUUCGAAGGCUUUGGCCUCGUCUUCGCUCUCAUCAGCAAGAGACUCGCACAAAUUUGUGUUCGUGAACCUUUUGCGGCGUUCCGAGCCGAAGUCCGACGGCAGAAGAGCCGUUUCUGUGGCCAGACUGACGUUUGCAGACCUCAAUAACUUUGCAAGAGACCAAAGUACAGUUGAGGUUGGUAGAUGCCUGGAGUUGGUGGCCACGAAGCAGUUCAACAACUCGCUUCUUCGCACAAACAAGCUCACGCGGCUCAUAUUCAACGAUUACGUCAGAUCCAGGGUCCCGUUGAGUGUUGUGGUGUGCUUGGAUCAGUUUGGAGACGAGUCUGCCAUCCUCAAAACCUUGAAGUACACGAAUCCAGUCGAGUAUCACCACUUGCAGAGAAAGCAUCACGAUGCUGCAUACUACCGUUCUGCAGAAGCUAUGGAACAUGGCCGAACAGUCGCUUCUUUUGCCUCGAAGAGAAGAAAACCAAACAGUGUUGGCUCAAGAUCGGUCUCUGCCUCGAAAAGAAGCUCUUUUGGCGGUUCUAAGCACAAGCCUGUGAGUAGGGUCGUUUCCUGGAGCAGUGGGGUCAGAGAGGAGAAGAUGAAGAUGGUUGCAAGUCUCAAAGAGGGAAAAGCGAGACUUGAGGCCGAAGUUGCAAGGCUUGAGCGCGAUAUUAGCUCUUUAAAGAGUGGUAAAAGCGAACUUGAGGAGAAGACCAAAGAGGAGAUGAAGCAGCUUUCCUUGCAGCACGAAAAAGAGGUGUCUGAGUUGAAAGAGCAGUUAGCCAAUGCUGGAAGUGUAGAUGAGUCGAAGGAGUUGGCUGAGUUGGGCAAGAAGGUCGAGGAGAAGGAAAAAGAGGCAAGCAGUCUUAAGGAGAGCAUCACGGCGAAGGAAGAGGCGAUUUCUGGAUUUGAGAGCAGGAUCAAGGAGUUGGAGCAUGAGAUAAAGGCCAAGGAUGAGAGUAUAGCGAAGAUAAACGAGGAGUUGGUGUCGAAAGACAAGGAUUUGGACGAGAUGAGGAGACAGAUUGAGGAUAAAGCGGGCGGAAUUGAGCGUUUAAACGAGGAGCUGGAGAAGUGCAAGAAGGAGGUUGAUGAGUUGAAGAAGGAGUUGGAGGCCAAGAGUGCAGAUUCGGAUGCAAACCAGGGACUGGUUGAGGAAAAGAGCAAAGAGGUUGAGCAGUUGAAGCAGGAAAUUGGUGAUAGGACCCAGAAAAUCGACGAUUUGGAGCGGCAGCUGGAGAAAUCGGCAUCGAAGAUGAGCCAGAUGCAAGAGAAUGCAGCAAAGGCAAGCGAGCAGUUUGAAAAUGAUCAAAAGGAAGGCCAGAGGGCUAUCGAACAGUUAACUGGAGAAAAAAAUGCCGCUGAAAAGCAGAAUUCCGAGCUGUUGGAGAAGAUAAGUGGUAUGGAAAAAGAGGCGGAAGAGGCAAAGAAGAACUAUGAGAGCAGAGUGUUGGAGUUGACACAAUCGAAUACUGUAAUAACGGAGGCUUUGAAGAACACGAAGAUUUCGGAAGAGAACUACAGAACGCAGAUUAAUGCUCUAGAGGAGAAAUUCGCGGCGAUCAAAGAUAAGUACACGCAGUUCAAGAAUACAAACAAGAAGAAGGAGCAGGAGCAGGCCAAGAAGUACAAGACGUUGAGAAACAAGUUCAAAGUGCUUGAAACUCAGUAUGUUACGUACAGGAGGAACAUCGAGAAUGAGAAAAAGAAGCAGGACGAGAUCUACGCGAAAAAGAAGCGCGAGCUAAAGAAGAAGAUGAACGGUAUAUGCAAGUCUGGCAGUGCUAGAAGUCCGGAGACUGAGAGGAGCAUGUCGAUGUCUCCAAAAAGAUCAGAGAGCCUUUUUGAUGAUGAAGAUGGUGAGAAGCACUCCCCCUUCGUUUCAAGAUGUGGAACACCAAGCCAGUCUGUCAAAAGUUCGCCGUUGAAAAAGAACGAUAAAGAAUAUCAAGUUGGUGAUGGCAGUCCAAAGACACAGCCUUUAAGUCUUACAGCCAUUCCUCAUCUUGAGAAUCUGGACACUCCGAGUCCAAAUAUAGGUAGUGAAGAAGGCAAAACGGACAGAAUACCGUUGGAGGCAGCUACAGUUUCAGAUUUAAAUACUAUGAGCCAAAAAUCCCAGGAGGGUGCCCUGAAAAGAAAGGCGGUGUCCCCCAGCAAAAGAGACAAGGUGAAACUCAGACAGGUUGAUCUUGAUGACUCGGGAGAUAUCACACUCUGA